UGUCGUAGUAAUACCCCACAUCUCGUGUGCUCCAUUUGGAUGGAGGCAUCUUAUCUAUUGUGGAGUCCCUAGAUGCCCGCCUUGGAUGUAUUAAGUAACUCAAGAUAUCUCCGAUAUAUGCGGGCGAUACCCGAUCAUUUUUACCCGAGGCGUCGAUGUUAUUAGUCAUACCUAUGUGUAUGUGCUAGAUCGAAUUGAACCAAGCUGUAUCGCUUCAUCUAGCUUCGGAUUGGUUGAUCAAAUACUUGGCCGCACUGAUAAGGAGCCUGCGAAAAGACCAAACAUUCUUAGAGAUUCGAAUCUUCACGAGGACUCGCUUUCUAUCGGAAGUGGCCGACCUCCACUCACUUUAAAUCAAGCAUCGUAGUAUAAUUUGACGACACUACUUAUAUUUUCGAUUUUUGAAACCAGUCCGGUAAUUUUAAUCUGUACGUUUAUAAGCCGAAAUCAGCCAUGGAAUCAGCGGCAGUAAAAAGCGAGGGCCUGGUCAUCCCGCUUAUUGACUUCUCCCAAUUCCUCAAUGGAAACCCGGAGCAGAGGAGGGAGACGGCCAAGGCCAUCCUUCACGGCUUCCAGACCGCUGGGUUUAUCUACCUGAAGGGUUUACCCAUCACGUCCGAGUACCGUAAACAUGUGUUUGAGACGUCAGCGAAGUAUUUCAGGCUGCCCACCGAGACCAAGAUGUCUCACUGCUGGUCGACGCCAGAGGCGAACAGAGGCUACUCUGCUCCGGGCCGCGAGAAGACCACGACGUUGACAGACCCAAACGACGUCAAGAAACUGAGGGAUGCCGCGCCCGACUUAAAGGAGAGCCUGGAGAUCGGUCGCGAAGGCGUACCUGACCAUUCUAACCACUGGCCGGCUGAGGAAGGAGAGUUGGUGGGCUUCAAGGAGACGAUGCUCGAUUUCCAUAAUAAGUGCAAGGAUCUUCAUAUGGAAGUUAUGCGCGCCAUCGCCGUCGGUCUAGGCAUCGACGAGACAUGGUUUGAUGCUUUCACCGAUGAGGGGGACAAUACCCUACGACUUCUUCACUACCCCGAGGUCAAGAAAGACGUCUUCACCAUCAACCCUGGCCAAGUUCGCGCCGGAGCUCAUAGCGACUAUGGUUCCAUCACGCUCCUCUUCCAAGAUUCUCGCGGUGGUCUGCAGGUUCGGAGCCCAACAGGCGUCUUUGUUGAUGCGACACCUAUCAAAGAUACAUGUGUGGUGAAUGCCGGUGAUCUAUUGGCUAGAUGGAGUAACGACAACAUCAAGAGCACCAUCCAUCGCGUGGUAGAGCCGCCAUCGGGCGACGGUGAUGUCUACCCGGCUAGAUAUAGCAUCGCGUAUUUCUGCAACCCUAACUUCAAGAGCUAUAUCGAGGCCAUUCCCGGAACGUACGCAGCUGAGACGGAGAGGAAAUACGAGGGGAUCAAUAGCGGCCAGUACCUAGUCCAGAGAUUAGCAGCGACUUACUAAUAGUCACAUUAUGCCGGUUUACUAGGAGGGUCGUUUCAAGCUAUGUCUCGCGAAGAUCUCGUGGUGGUGUGGUAUGAAGUACAGCUGUAUUCAAUGAUCGCCAGGACCUGAAGUCGUGGAAAUCAGAUAUUGGGCCAGUGGAUGUUCCUGAUAUCGGACUUUGCUCCUAUUUGUAGUUGAUCGCGUUUUCAGGCUCGACAUUGAACGAACCAACACGAGUGCAAACUUGGGUUGGUCUCGAAGAUCCGCAUCCUUUUAUUUAAACAAAUCACAUUUCAAAA